AUGCCAGUGCCACAAUAUCAAGGUAUCUCUGGACAUCCACAAAUAACAUGUUGGCAAAAGAUGAAAAUGGGCUUACUUAUGGGAGUAUUUAUUGGUUGUGCAUCAGGUGUUGUUAUUGGUACUGCUAGUGCAUUCAGCAUGGGUCUAAGAGGACGUGCAAUGAUAGCACAAGCUGGACGAUAUUCGACAAAAAUGGGUAGUUCAUUUGCGAAAUAUAUGGAUGGAAGUACUGCUGCAUUUGUAUGA